CAACCACUCGUUACUCAACAAAGAAAAAAAGAAACCCAAUUUUUUCCUUUCCUUUUUCUCCCUUGCUCAACCCCCACAACUAUAAUCAGCAUUCUUUCCAUUUGCCAUCAUUAAUCCUCCAUGGCUGAUCUCAAGCCCAGUUCUGAUAUUUCCUUCGUUGAAAUCUUCCUGUGCAGUGCUUUCGCUGCUUGUUUUGCUGAGUUCUGCACCAUCCCUUUGGACACUGCUAAAGUUAGGCUCCAGCUACAAAGGAAAACAUUUGCCUCGGAAGGAGUAAGUUUGCCUAAAUAUAGGGGUUUGUUGGGUACUGUGGCUACUAUUUCCAGAGAAGAGGGUUUAGCAGCACUAUGGAAAGGCAUUACUGCAGGAUUACAUCGCCAGUUUAUUUACGGUGGCUUAAGGAUAGGAUUAUAUGAACCGGUUAAAUCUUUUUUGGUUGGCAGUGAUUUUGUUGGGGACAUUCCUUUGUACCAGAAAAUACUUGCAGCUUUGUUAACUGGUGCUGUGGCAAUUGUAAUUGCUAAUCCAACUGAUCUUGUUAAAGUUCGGCUUCAAGCUGAAGGGAAACUGCCAGCUGGGGUGCCUGGGCGAUAUGCUGGAGCUUUGGAUGCUUAUUUUACCAUAGUGAGACAGGAAGGACUGGGGGCCUUGUGGACUGGACUUGGGCCAAAUAUAGCAAGGAAUGCUAUUAUAAACGCUGCUGAACUCGCCAGUUAUGAUCAAGUGAAACAGACAAUAUUGCAAAUUCCAGGGUUCACAGACAGCGCCUUUACUCAUGUUCUAGCUGGUCUCGGUGCAGGUUUUUUUGCAGUGUGUAUUGGUUCACCCAUUGAUGUAGUAAAAUCUAGAAUGAUGGGAGAUUCGUCCUACAAAAAUACAGUUGACUGUUUUAUCAGGACACUGAAGAAUGAGGGAAUUUUUGCGUUUUACAAAGGUUUUCUCCCAAAUUUUGGGCGGCUGGGAUCUUGGAAUGUUGUAAUGUUUUUGACCCUUGAGCAAGUCAAGAAAAUAGUCACAGGGCAAGCAUACUAUGACUAAUGACGAGAUUUGAAAGUGGAAAGAAACUAAUCCUGCUUUGAUAAUGCUGCUUCGACAAUUGGACAUUCUUUUUCUGGAUUAAUAAGGUUCUUUCUGCUGGUAUUCUUUGCUACUUGGUUGCAUAGAGAUAGAGUUGUCUGCAUAAUUAUUUUGUAGACAUUCACAAACUUCAUUCCGAGGGAGUAGAAUUGCCUUCUCCCUUUUCAAUCUAAGCGUGAAGCUGUGUCAUCACAUGAUAAUGAAGUACCCAUACAAUCUGAAAGCCACACGAUAUCCUCAAUUCUGUUUCGAAUGUAAAGUGUGCCCAUUCAUGAUUUAUCCAACAAUUAUCUUAGUAAAACUGAGCACUUGGUUAGGUUUGUUAAUGAUGGAAGAUUCCAUUUUUUCCGUUUUAUUUCAUGAUUCUCUCAACAGGAGUUUCUUGAUGUACCGGUUGUAUGUGUUGUUGUAACGUGCAUAAUUUCAAUAGCAAGUGUUUACUGUUUGGCACCAA